GCUGAAGAAAGAAUGAGUCACUGUUUGGAAGCGCUCCAAUCAUUGCACGGCGACGACACCUACUUGUGAAACAGUAAAAACUCUUGGUGAAGCAACUGAUAUCCACAUGACAAUAGUAUAAAGAUGGCGUUUAUUAAAGAGGAGAGUGAAGACGUGAAGAUUGAAGAAGCAUUCAGAGUCAAACAUGAAGAUACUGAGGAACAAACAGCCGUGAUGCUGCUUAAAGAGGAAAAUAAAAUGGAAGAAGAUCGGUAUGAGAAACAGGAUUUUAUUACUGGAGAAAAAUCUUCUAGUUGCUCACUGACUGAAAAGACCUUACUUAAAAGAAAUAAAAAUACAGGAACGAGAAGUUCUUUCAUUUGCCAACAGUGUGGAAAAAGUUUCAGUCGAAAAGGAAGCCUCAAAAUCCACCAGCGAAUUCACACUGGAGAGAGUCCUUUCACCUGCCCACAGUGUGGAAAAAGUUUCACUCAAAAAGGAAGCCUUAAAAUUCACAUGAGAAUUCACACUGGACAGAGUCCUUUCACCUGCCCACAGUGUGGAAAAAGUUUCACUCAAAAAGGAAGCCUUAAAAUUCACAUGAGAAUUCACACUGGACAGAGUCCUUUCACCUGCCCACAGUGUGGAAAAAGUUUCACUCAAAAAGGAAGCCUUAAAAUUCACAUGCGAAUUCACACUGGAGAGAGCCCUUAUGCUUGCAUAGAGUGUGGGAAAAGUUUCAUUAGAAGAGGAAGCCUUAAAAGCCACAUGACAGUUCACACUGGAGAGAAGCCUUACACAUGCCCUCAAUGUGGAAAGUGUUUUACUCGUAAAGCAACCCUAAACGCCCACAUGAAAAUUCACACUGGAGACAGUCCUUACACCUGCAAACAGUGUGGGAAGACCUUCUCACAAAAAGGAAAUCUACAGACUCACAUGAGAAUUCACACUGGAGAGAGGCCGUUCAUUUGUGGCCAGUGUGGAAAAAGAUUCAGAGGUAAAGUAAACCUCAAUUACCACACAAGGAUUCACUCAAGAGAGAACUGUUUUAUAUGUCAUCAGUGUGGGAGAAGUUUCACAGACAGGAAACACUUUAAGAAACAUGUAAUAACUCACACUGAAGAGAAGCCAUUCUCUUGUCUUCAGUGUAAAAAGAGUUUUACAUAUCAAAAAGACCUGAAACAUCAUUUGCAAUCUCAUUAUGGAAAGAAAGUGCAGUAUUCUGAAUGUGGUAAAAUGUUUAAAAAAAGGAGCAAUUUCAAAAAUCACUUGCACAUUCACUCUGGAGGAAGGCGAUUUAAUUGUGAUCAGUGUAAUAAAACGUUUAUUUUGCCAUCACACUUAAAGAUACACCUGAAAUGUCAUGCAGAUGUGAGACCCUAUUUGUGUUCUGUGUGUGGGAAGAGUUUUAAAUGGCUCAGCAAUUUAAAAUGGCACCAGAAAAUACGUAUCUGUGUGAAAUUAAGGUUACGAUAA